UUGUCAUAAUAAUGCGCGCGAAAUCAAAUGCUAACGUCGCUUUGUUGUUGUGGAAGGUGGCUAAUUGUGUGCCGUGCUGGGCUGGUUAUUUCUUAGUUUUUAGGGAAAUAAAAGCGAAGGAACGAGAUGAUUAACUCGCGGCAAAACUAUCUGAAUGCUAAGCGCUUUUCGGCGGAUCUGGCACUGGAGCACAUCAUACCGCACAACGUGUGUUUCUAUCUGAUUCCGCCGAUCGUGGAUCUGACGAUCGACGAAUUCGAGAAGCUGGCCCUGGAACGUUUGAAGAUGCUGCGCCUGCUCGAGCAGGUUACGGCCAAAAACCCGAAAGUAUCAUCGGAUGCAUGGCGCGAAGCGGUUCUCCACGACGUUAACCACGAAGGGCUCCGUACGUACGCCAAACUGGCCCGUGGAAACGUGAACGACGAUGUCAGCAAAGCCGCCCGGCGUAGGGAUUAUUUGUCACAUUUCAUCCUGCGCUUUGCCUACUGCCGGUCGGAAGAGUUACGCCGCUGGUUCGUGGCUCGAGAGAUGGAACUGUUCAAGCUAAAGUUUGGCGGUUUAACGACGCGGGACGUGAAGGAUUUCCUGGAGGUGUACGAGCUGGACUACAAACCGCUCACCGACGAAGAGAAGCUGGACAUUUCGGAACAUCUGUGCGCGAGCACGAUGAACAUUACCCGGCUGAAGGUGGAGACGCAAGACUUCUACGCGGUCCAUUUUACCGAAGUGCUAAACCUGGUGCGCGAUCGAAAAUGCUUCCUGAAGGGCGGCAUGGCGUACAUUACACCCGAACACUUUACGCACGUGAUCGGUAAGAAGCAUCAGCAGCUGAUUGAGGACGGUCUGAAGGGCCAUUUGCGCCUGCUGCCCACGCUGGAAAUCGACGAACGGUUCUCGAUGCUGCUGAAAUCGAUCCACACGUCGUACACGGGCAAAAACUAUACCGUCGCGAAAACGGGCUCCGUGCCGAUCGAAAGUCUCGACCAGCUGUCGAAGAAAUCGUUCGCCCUUUGCAUGCGCAACGUGCACGACACGCUCCGGGCCACGCACCAUCUCAAGCACGCCGGGCGCAUGCAGUACACACUGUUCCUGAAGGCGAUCGGUGUGACGAUGGAGGAUGCGCUGCGCUUCUGGCGCGAGGAGCUCACCCGCGGGAAGAUACCGAUCGAAAAGUUCGAGAAAGAGUAUGCGUACAACAUCCGGCACAACUACGGCAAGGAAGGUUCGCGGGUCAACUAUUCUCCCUAUUCGUGCAUGAAAGUGAUCACGACACCGAUCGGGCCGGGUGAAACGCAUGGCUGUCCGUUUAAAAAUCUGGAUCCGAGUUCGCUUAGGAUGAAGCUGACCGGGUACGGAUUGAGCGCGCUCGAUGCCGACGAGGUGGCCGGGUAUGCGGCCAAGGGCCACUAUCAGAUAGCGUGCGGCAAGUACUACGAGGUGAUCCACGAAACGAAGCUAGAGGAGGGCAUUAACCAUCCAAACCAGUACUUCGAGCUGAGCCAGCUAACGAUGGAGGGUAAAGAACGACCCAGGCAAGGAAAUGCACCGAAUCAAACGGCUCGCCGGAACUACAACCAAACGAACAGUCAGUCGACGCAGGACAGUGGAUCGAGCUAUGUGGCUGAUUCGAGCACACUCAACGGUGCGGAGGAUAUGGAACUGUGGGAAAUAAUGGAAUCGAAGGAUAAAGAGGCGGAUGUUACGAUAAGUGAAGCAACGGCCACGGUUUACGAUAAGAAGCAACUAACGCCGAAGCAAAGCAAAUCCACGCAGGAAUGGGAGGAUGACGAUUUCGAUAUGCUAGAGUUUAACGAGUGAUGGCGGGGUGGUAUUUAUAAUUGUAGGUUUAAUAACGUUCGCUGUACUUUUUUACCUAUACAAUGGACAAUUAAUAUAGAAAUAAAUGGUUCAUUUUGAGAAGUAACUAA